GACUAUUCUAUUGCAACAGAUACAGCUUUAACUGUUUCAAUUAGGGUUGGAAGCUAAUUGCUUUCUGCCAGUUCUUCUGAAGCUGCCUUUUCUGACAUUCAUCUUGCAGUGAAGUAUCUAUUUGGAAAUGUAUUUGGGUGUCCCUCUCGCCAAUCAGCAGUAAAUAUGCUCAGCUCGAGUGAGCAAAAUUAUCUCUUCCUGCCUUCAAGGAAAUGUUGCCAAACAGUUCAUCAUAACCCAAGUUUUCAAAGCAUUUUUAGAGAGCUUAAUGCAUUUCUACGUAACACUGGGCACCUCAUGAAUAAGCUCUUCUACUCAUGAAUAAGCGACCAAUUCAGAUGGUUUGCGGGUGAUACACGUGCAAGUGCCUCAAGUUUCUCCAGCAAGAUGUGCUCCACAAAUCCAGCAAAUUGGGUCACCUUUGAUGACGAGCCGCUCUUCCAGUCGCCUCAGAAAUUGGUUGAUAAUCAAAGUAGUUGUAAAGCAAAUGGCCUUAAACUCAAUCUGUCUAGUGUGCACGAGUCUUCAAGUAGGUCAUCUUCUACAGGCAGCACUCCACUCUCAUCUCCUGUUGUUGACUUCUACCUAAGUCCUGGACCCCCCAGUAACUCUCCACUCACUACACCUACCAGAGACUACCCGGGAAGUCCAUGCAUCCCAAAGCCUGGGAUUCACGUCCUUUACCCCAUCCCUGAAUGGCCAUCAAACAUUAACCUUCCUCCCUCACCUGGGAUUUGCUCAUCCAUUUGCUCCUCACAGAAACCGAGCAGCCUUCCCUUGAACACCUCACUUAAUGACCAUCCGGUUAAGACUUCGUUCUCCAAGUCGACAGACGAAGGAAGCCCUAAUCCACCAGGAAGCUGCGAGGAGUUAGGAGAGUUGUCAUCGGCAGCGGGGCACUUCCCCUACUUCCAGAACGACUGUGCUUUUUCUAGUCCCUUUUGGAAGGAAGGAUGCUCGCUCAGCACGUCACCGGCUCCUGGUAGCACGGACAGGAAGGACAAAGCACUUGACAGGAGUGCCUGCUAUCCUAAAGACAAAGAAACUUGCCAUGAUCAGAAAAGCCUUAACCAGGGCUCCUUCAGCUACGUCUGCGAGAGGCUUGAGCACCUUCAGGCUGAUAGCUGCGACACCCUGGGAAGCCCACCCGUCUCCAGCGCUCAUGCAUGGCACGCACUCUCCCCUGCCGUCCCACACAGCCUCUUCAGGAGCCAGAAAGCAGAUGGGUGGCCCUUCAUGCUGAGGAUUCCUGAGAAGAAGAAUAUGAUGUCCUCUCGGCAAUGGGGCCCCAUUUACCUUAGGAUCCUAGCCGGAGGGGUAUUGCAGAUGUAUUACGAAAAGGGCCUGGAGAAACCUUUCAAGGAAUUCCAGCUGCAGCCACACUGCAGGCUGUCUGAACCCAAAUUAGAGAGCUAUAACGUCUCAGGAAAAAUCCAUACCGUGAAGAUUGAGUUUGUGUCUUACACAGAGAAGAGGAGGUAUCAUCCCAAAGUGGAAGUGAUCCAUGAGGCAGAGGUUGAGCAGAUGCUGAAGCUGGGCACCACGGAUUAUAACGACUUCACCGAUUUCCUCGUAACGGUUGAAGAAGAACUUAUGAAACUUCCUACCGUUUCUAGACAGAAGAGGAAUUAUGAAGAGCAAGAAAUGACUCUGGAAAUAGUGGAUAACUUUUGGGGGAAGGUCACUAAGGCAGAAGGAAAACUCGUAGAAAGUGCUGUCAUCACGCGCAUUCACGGCUUGUGCUUUGUGAACGGAAGCGCCGACUGCUUUCUAACCCUGAACGACCUGGAGCUCCAGAAGAGGGAUGAGCGUUACUUUGAGAAGGAGGAGGAGAAGAAAUGGAUUGACAUUCUGGAUUGCCAUUUCCAUAACUGCGUCAGAGCACAGGAAUUUGAGCAAUCGCGCAUUAUUAAGUUUACGCCCCCGGAUGGCUGUAGGCUGGAACUGAUGCGUUUCAGGACACGGUAUAAUGGGCAAGACCUUCCCUUCUCUUUGAAGGCUGCGGUGGUGGUUCAGGGGGCAUACGUUGAACUUCAGGCUUUUAUAAACAUGUCUUCAACUGCUCCAAUCCCAACCCGUUUACCCUCUGUGAAAUACUGUGAAAACGUUAUGAUACGCUUUCCCGUUCCCACGCAGUGGGUCAAAGCACUUUGGACCAUGAACCUCCAAAGACAGAAGUCCCUAAAAGCAAAAAUGAAUAGGAGGGCGUGCCUUGGCUCUUUACACGAGGUCGAAUCUGAUCCCGUAAUACAAGUCUCGGUUGGAACAGCGAAAUACGAGAGUGCCUACAGGGCUGUUGUGUGGAAGAUAGACAGGCUUCCAGAUAAAAACUCAAGUUCGGAUCAUCCACACAGCCUGUCUUACAAACUGGAACUCGGAUCAGACCAGGAAAUCCCAUCUGACUGGUACCCAUUUGCUACCGUCCAGUUCGUCGUUCAUGAUACCUGUGCCUCAGGAACAGAAGUCAAGUCACUGGGCGUAGAGAGUGACCUGCAGCCCCAGAAACACCUGGUUCAGAAAGCUUUUUACAAUUGCCAGGUUGAAAUUGAAAAGAAGUGGAUUAGGCUUGAUGGAGAAGAUCCGGAUAAGGCUGGCAAUUGCCUAAUGCAGUAAAAGAGGACAGGAGGCACCGUCAUAGGAUAUUAGUAGGAAUCAAUUUGCAUAGGAAAUUCUAUUGUUAGAAGCAGCGCAGUGACC